AUGUCCCACCAGCAAGCGGGAAUGGCUGCUACGGAUGGGCGCCCGGCGCUCACAAAGAAAUCCAACAUUUCCGUUCGGGUGAACAUCACGAACGUGUCUUCCUCAUCCUCUCCACACCCACAUAUCAGACACCCCGAGAGAGUCAAUAUGUCGGCCAAGCCCACGACCAAGCAGUUCGGGAAGUCGACCCGGGAGGUUCCCGCCUCCGCGGACCAGGCGAAGAAGUGGUACCCUGCCGACGACGAGAGCCAGCCGAAGAAGGUUCGCAAGGCCGUCCGAUCUUGGUCCGCCCGAAAGACCCUCCAGCCUGGUACCGUCCUGAUCCUCCUCGCUGGCCGCUUCCGCGGCAAGCGUGUCGUCCUUCUCAAGACUCUCGACCAGGGUGUUCUCCUCGUCACUGGUCCCUUCAAGAUCAACGGCGUUCCCCUGCGAAGAGUCAACGCCCGAUACGUCAUCGCCACCUCCUACAAGGUCGACAUCUCCGGCCUUGACGCCGCCAAGAUCGAGGAGAUCUCUCAGCCCAAGUACUUCACCGCCGAGAAGGCCAAGGAGAAGGCUUCCGCUGAGGCUUUCUUCAAGCAGGGAGAGAAGCCCCAGGUAUGUGCAAGAAAAUUUCAAGAAGAAGAAGAAAAAAAGCUGGAGAUGAGGAGGAAGCAAGAGAAGCGUGGAUUUGCUAACAAGAGGCUUGAAUUACAGAAGAAGGAGAUCAACAGCAGCCGUGCUGCCGACCAGAAGGCCGUCGACAAGGCCCUGCUUGCUAGCAUCAAGAAGGUGGAUCUGUUGGCCAGCUACCUCGCCAGCACCUUCAGCCUGCGGAAGGGUGACAAGCCCCACGAGAUGGCGUGGUAA